UCAGGCAGUACUCUCUGCCCCAUUGCAGUUCUUGUUUUUCUAGUACCUUCUAACGUAUCUCUCUCAACAACUUUCUGGUAUCUUUUAACGUGUCAUCUCUCAACAUUACUGUGGUGAUGGCGACGAUGACUGGGGUGCUUGGUUUCCUUGUGGUCUUGGUGAUGGGGGUGAGCUCUGGCGCCCAAGCAGCGCCUUGCUCACCCCAGUUCCCUUUGAGCUGCGCACCCCAUGUACUUGAACCUCGAAAUGUAAGACCUUUGAAAAUCUGCUGCAUUGAGGUCCAGAACAACUUCAAGCUUGUCAACUCCAAUGCAAGCUUGAAGGAGUACUGCGCGGCCAUCCAAGGAGUGAAGCUUUGCAACGGACCCUUAGCUGGAAAUGAGCUAAACAAGGCUCUUGACAUCCCCAACAAAUGUGGAGUAGGCUACAAGAAGGGCCAAACGUGUGCUGGCAAACGUUUUAAUGGAGGCAGUUAGACCCAUCCCAUGAGAGCCGAACCUGCAACGCAUGUUGCUCACUUUGCAUGUACGACCAACCAGCAGAGUGCAGAAGCGGGCGGUAAAGAAUCUCUGCUGCUGUAUAGCUUGCAAUGCUAGACAUCCAUAAGUUUGAGAGCGACUUAGCUGAAGAGCACAAGGUCUAGGACAUGAAAUGGCGAUGUGAAGUUUUGUGGAUUUUAUAUCGUUGAAGUUUGCGAGGUUCUGUUGAAUUUAUCGCGCCAUCCUGUGCUUUGCAUCAUCAAUGUUAGUUGUAUGUUGAUAAACCUGCAACCGCGUCUUGCGGUUCCAUGAU